GGAGUCUGGGUUCGUUGGGGGCCCUGGAGCUGGCUUGCCAUUGUCGCGCCGCACCAUUCUUACAGCGAGUUAGCUGCUCUCGUGUCCGACACUAGCCAUUCGAAAUGCACUCACUCCCGCAAUGGCGCACCGCCACUGUAGUCUGCGCAGCUCUCAGCUCGCACAUGACGUCGCACGUUAGGGUGUGCUCUCUCGCGCGGAUCGCAGCGCGAGAAUUCGUCCCGAAUUGCGCCAGCGUGUGUUGCUUCGGCCGACGGUUGCAGUUCCAGGGAAGAGGAGGAGGAGGAGGGGGAGGGGUGACUGGUUGCGGGGCGGUGGAUCGUUUCGCUCCCCGCGCGAGCACGGAGGGAGUGGCGGCGAUGGCCUCCAUUGCCACUGUGCAGGUUGAGACUGAGCCUGACAGCGACGUGACAUUCGCUGUGGGGUGUCGUGUCUCUUCGUCUUCGUUCCUUUUAGCUCCCCAGGACAAGCCCGUUCGCAAAAAAGUAGCACCUGGACCUGGCUAUGGGCAAACAAAGCUCGGGAGGCCCACGACCGGAGAGCUGGAGGUGGGUGGCUUCUCCAUCGAAGGAGUGUCUGUGGGAGGCCAAGAGACCUGCGUGAUGCUUCCAGCGUUGAAAGUUGCAUUCGAUAGCGGUCGAUGCCCUGGACGUAUCAUCGAUAUGGACUAUGUCUUUAUUACUCACGCGCACAUGGAUCACAUUGGGGGACUUACCAUGUACAUUGCAUCUCGAGGGCUGAAGAAGAAGAAGGUGCCGACAGUGAUUGUGCCCAAGUGUAUCAAGGCCACCGUUGAGAAACUCUUAGCAGUUCAGAGGGAGCUCGAUGAAUCUCCAUUGCCUGUUAAUCUUAUUGGGAUGGACAUUGGGGAGGAGUUCGAUCUGGGUAAGGGCUUGAUUGUUAAGGCUUUCAAGACUUACCAUGUGGUCCCUAGCCAGGGUUAUGUUAUCUACACAGUCAAGCAAAAGCUAAAGGCUGAACAUGUUGGGCUUCCUGGGAAGGAGAUCAAAGCUUUAAGAGAAUCAGGCGUUGAGGUUUCUGAAACCGUUCGAAUUUCUGAGGUUGCAUUUACGGGCGAUACGACAUCGGGUUUUUUUCUGGACGAAGCUAACGAAGAUGUACUUCAUGCGAAACUCCUAAUCAUGGAGUCUACAUUCUUGGAUGAUUCUACUUCCGUUGAGGAUGCCAACAAGUACGGUCAUAUGCACUUGUUCGAGGUUCUGGCCCACGCGGAUAAAUUCAAGAACAAGGACAUUCUUUUCAUUCACUUCUCUGCUCGCUAUCAACAAGAGGACAUCUGCAAGGCAAUCGAGAACAUUCCUGCGCCACUUCAAGGCAGAGUACAUGCACUAACCGAAGGUUUUUGAGGCGUUACGAGAGGGCUGAAUGAGGGGAAUUUCGUCUCUUGAAAUCUACAAUCAUAUUGUGACCUUACAUGAAGCUGGACUCUGUGACACACUGAGAAACUUUUAAGGUCACCAACAGAAAACAGACCCCUGUAAUUCAGAGACUCUCGAAUUUUGCGAAACGCUCCUGUAUUAUACUAACGUAGAAUGUAGAACUGCGCACGGUUUUUCAAUUGUACACGCAUGAGUUUGUCACAAUAGUGGUUAGUUCAUGGUUGUCUUCGAAUGAGGAAGAGCGAACCAUCGUGAUUCACUGCAUAUCACAGAGAUUUUAUCACACCUCUGUAUGAUGUUUUCUGAAAAACUCUGUAGAGACUUUCGAGGAUGUAGAUGACGUAGUAUAUUGUUACGUGUAACGCCUGGUAUCGGUUGAGACAGAUAAAGUUAUUUCGAUCAUGUAAGUUGCAGUUAUUUACAAAUCGCAACAUUCUGACCUUUGCGACCGUAAUUUUUCACUAAAUAUUGCUAAUUUGUUUUGGGUC